AUGGCAGAAGACGACGAUGUGCUGUCGGACCAGUCUCCGUUUCCACCGCUGCAAUUAACGUUCGAGGAGCAGCAGCACUGCCAUGACCUCAGCCUUCAAUUGCUGGAGCGCACACUUCACAGUUACGACGAGCGGCUGGCAGGAAGAACGCCUACCCAUCACGCGAACCUUGACAGCGCAAGAUGGAAGCUACAGAAAACUCAGGAAAAUGCAUCGCUGUACUCUGAGCGUAUUCGGCACAUUCGAGGCGAUCUGCAUCUUCCUGAGGACUGUUGGGAUGACCCCACUGUGCUCAUGAUGGUCGGGACUAUCCCUGCUCCCCUUGACGAGGUCAUGUUGGGCAUCUCGAUUCCCACUUUUGAAUCAUUCAAAGUCCGGGUGGCAACGCUAGGAAAUAUGGAUACUGGCGGUGCAAUGCUCGCAAGACUUGUGGGCUCGACGGAAGAGAAACCUUUCCAGAAUUUAUCCGUUUUGUACAUGGUGAGUCAGCUACCGUGGCUCGUGAGUAAAGUGGUAAAACCUCGAGAUUUCUUGCUGCUCUCAGCCUCAGGAAUUAUUAAAACUGCAGACGGGGAACGGAUUGGCUACGAUUUAUUGCAACCAGCGCCAUUGCCGCAAUGUCCACCACAACCAAAGCCUAUGAUUCGUGGGAAAUUCAUAUUAGGCGCGUUGUAUCGUGAAAAGGACGAUGGCACAGUGGACGUAUAUAUACAACAGUAUCUGGAAGCCAUGGGCAACGUAUUCGACUCGUUCGUGAUCUCCUCCACGUGGCAAGGUCUUCUGGGUUUCUUUCAAUCACCUGAGCUUGCUGAGCACAAGAAGUUACAGUGGUGCAUUGCCAACAUGAAGCAACGGGGUCUGGCGAACCAACUGACCGGACACUCAAUGAGUUGUUCUUUGUGUUCCCUGGCUUUUGGGCGACAUGUUCGUAGUCGCAGUAUCGAUCAGAAGAACUGCGUACUUUGUCUAGCACCCGUAUGCUCGAAUUGUCGCGAAGAGUAUGUUUUGAGAGAGUUAGAACGUCACCCGAAGAAGCAAAAGUUACUGGUCAAGAAGCGUCAUGUGUACGUCUGUCGACCCUGUCAGGAGUUCGUCGAGAGGCAUAAAGCGACGGAUAUUGCGAGACACAACCUCCUGCAACAGCUGACUCCAGGUUCGGAUUCCACUGGUGACACACAACACACGUGGGGUCUACUAUACGGUGAUUCCAUGCCGUCCUGGUCACCAACGCGAUCCUUGUCAAUGUCAAGUGACUCGUUUGAGACGUUCGCCUGGAGCGUCGACCGUUGCUCGCUGGAGAUAUAA